UUUGUCCACACCGUCAAUCACAGACAGAUAAAAGAGUCGAUUAUUUGUGAAAUAGUUUAUUGUAACCGCAGACAUCAAGAUGGCGCUCUGGCGUUGUAUUUUGGCCGCUGUUUUUCUGGUUGGAGUGACGACCGUCAACUCAAGCCCAACAAUGUCGUCGUAUGACACGAUAGUGGUAGGCAUGGGGGCGGCCGGCACGACAGCCGCCUCCAUCCUCGCUAAGGCAGGCAAGAGGGUGCUGGGAUUGGAAGCACAGAACCGAGUCGGGGGAAGAAUCAAUACCGUGCCGUUUGGAGACGGCGUAGUGGAGUUAGGAGCUGAAUGGAUGCACGGCACCAAGCCAAACACAGUCUACGAUUUGGCCGUCCAGAACAACGUGACCGUGCUACCUCAAGACAUAUCGAUGGAGGUGUACAUGUCUGAUGGAUCGUUAGCCAAUAAGGAGCUGGUGAAUGAGCUGACCGAAUUUUGUUUGCAAGUUGUGGACGAGCCGCCGCCGACUCCACAACCGCUGGGGCAGUAUAUCACUAAGAGACUGAUGGACUACAUUAAGGACAAGCACCCAACAUUGCUCAAAGACCAAGGCUUCAUUAACGAGUUCCUAGCGUUCAUGGACCUCAUGAUAGACAACUAUGAGGCCACAGACACGUGGAACGAUAUAACCACUGAGAGCAAGUACCGGGUGUUGGAUGGACACCAGCAUAUGAGCUGGAACAAGAACGGGUAUAAGACGCUGUUUGAGAUCUUAUUGAAUACAUACAAGAACGGGCCUGGCCUACCAACACUCACAAUCAAACUAAACACAGAGGUCUCUCAAAUAGUUUGGCCACAGGACCCGUCGCAGAAAGUUAUAGUCAAAAGCAAAGAUGGCGCCGAGUACUCAGCUGAUAAUGUCAUUGUGACAGUGUCAGUUGGGGUCUUGAAGGAAAGACACACGACAUUGUUCACACCACGUCUCCCAUCUGCCAAAGUUUCCACCAUCAACUCAAUAUCGCUGGGUGUAGUAGACAAAAUCAUUUUAUUAUUCCCUCAUUCGUGGUGGCCGAAAUCCAAUAGUGCAUUUCACGCGUUCAUAUGGAAGAGUGAAGAGAAGAAGAAAGUAAAUGAUUGGACCACGAAGAUAUUUGGUGCGAGCUCGCCCAUGGGGUGUGAUACGGCUCUGACGCUGUGGACUAAUGGGGAAACCUCUAGAUUGGUAGAAACGCUCCCAGAUGACGUGGUGAAGAGGAAAGCCAUGGAACUUCUAAGACGGUUCAUGGGAGCCAACGUCACCAUUCCGGAGCCCAUCAGUAUGUUGAGAUCGUCCUGGUAUACCAACCCUUACACCCGCGGCAGUUAUACCUACGACAACCUCUCCUCUCCCUCCCACCCCACCGCGAGGGAAGACUUAGCCGCCCCCUUGAGCGACUCAUCCGGAAGGCCGCGGGUUCUGUUCGCGGGAGAGGCGACAGAAACGAACCACUUCUCGACCGUACACGGGGCCGUUGGUUCUGGGGAGAGGGAGGCGGCGAGACUGCUGCCGAGCAGUAAGAUUUAGUUUUCUGGGGUGUGUUUAUACCCCGGGGUGUUUUGGACCCCAGUUGGGUUGAUUAUGUGCUACCCAGCUGGGGUAAAAAGACCUUAGGUCGCCUAUGCAAACCAUCUGGGGUAUUUAUUAACCCCGGGGUGCCUUUACACCCCACCUAGAUUGCUUAGUUACUGGUGCCGUUUAGUAUGUGCGUCACGAUCUAUUAUAGUUGAUUUUAGACGACAAAUAAAUGGACUCAUUCACCAUCAAUCCCUAAUUUUUAAGUGACCCCUAUGGUAGGUAACACAUAACAGGAAUUUUGUUUUCAUAGGGGUCACUUAU